AAAAUGAUCCCUGAAAGAGAUCAAAAGUAUAUCCAGCAUAUUGAUAAUGGCGUUAAGCCUAAUAACGUCGUGGAAGAUGUGCCGCUGUCGACAGCUUACAAUUUGAACCCUAUCGUGGAACGCGACACUAGACCAAAAAGUUUCAUGGAUGUCCAUGGAAAGACAGUACUUGUCGCUGGAUCGGGCUUACUCGCUGCAAUUGUCACGCUUGCACUCAUAAUAGACAUUAUAAUGGGAAGUCAAGCUGUUGAACCCAAUGGAGUGGUAGUAAGUGAAAUUCCAGCGUGCUCUAAGAUGGGAGCCAAAUUGAUGAAAGGUGGAGCAUCAGUCGUCGAUGGAGCUAUUGCGACAUCACUCUGCAUGGCCGUCCACUUGCCCCAUCGAUCAGGACCCGGAGGUGGUGGAUACAUGUUGGUCAAGGAAGAGAAGAAGGUCGUGUCGUAUGACUUCAUGCCUGAGGCGCCCAAUGAUAUCGCUUACUACUCGGCAGAUAACAACGACAGGGGGCAGGAUGAGAUUCUGGUUCCGGGAUUUCUGUCUGGCUUGAAGCGUGCACAUGAGGACUAUGGGGAGGAGAAGUGGGCUGAGUUGAUGCACACUGCAGCUGAUGUGGCCAAGGAAUACACUGUGACCUCAUCAUUAGAUGCGGCGAUAAAGAAGGUGCCGGAAGAAUACAGGACUGCGUCCUUCGAGGAAUUGUUCCUCACGCCAAAUGGAUCCGUGCCCACGGAACUGGCUAAUGCACCUUUAGAGAAGCUGCUGCGUAAGUUGGCCAAAAAUCCAGACUCUUCUUUCCUGGGUCUCCAGUCUCACAUCAUCACUGACGAAGUGAGUCAGCUGAAAUCGGAGGACCUGGAGUCUUACAAGGUGGAAAUGACUGGAGCUACCAAGGCUUCGUUCCAGAACCCGAAGUACGAUAUGUUCACCUCACCUUCACCCUCCUCUGGUCCGGCUCUUCUGUCCACCCUUCGCAUGCUGAUUGAGACUUCGAAGAGUGACAUGGAUGACAGUACACAGAAGUAUCAUCAAUUGUUGGAGGCACUUAAGUUCACAUCCAGCCAGCAGAUGUACGUUGCAGAUGUGGAGGGCAAUGGCGAAGUGGUAGAAACGAUGACAAGUGCUUCGAAUGCCGGAAGCCUCGACAGUCUCAUUCCAGCCUCCUCCGUCUACAAUCCAAUCGCAUCCGAAUACCAGGACAAAUGUUUGCCUGAUGAACUAACUGUUUCAUUAUCAGACUCACCUGCAACUUCGCCUGUAGAUGAAGAUUCUUCAGGAGUGGGUGUUGUUGUCAUGAACGACCUUGGAGAUGUGGCUGUCAUAGUGACGUCACUCAAUUCACCUUUCGGCUCUUAUAUUUUGUCGGACGAUGGAUAUUUCUACAAUAACUAUGCAGCGGCUUUUGACGCUCCGGGGAGCGGGUCAGUCAAUGAGAUGUCAGCCAACAAGCGACCUGCCAACACACUGGCUCCCCUGAUUGCAUUCGAGCCAGAAAACCUCUGCAAGACUCACCUGGCCGCUUCUUCCUCCGGAUCAGUAGCCAGUGUGGCAGCUGUCAGUCAAGCGGUGUACGGAGUAUUGGACAACAGCUAUUCUAUGACUGAUGCUGUGAAAGAGGGAAGAGUGUUUGCCACUGCAGUUGUAGAAGAUGCGGGCACGAGCAAACCAGACGAAGCAUUUGAAGACAACAGCUCGAUUGAUUUUGACGUCAUCAGUGAGUUGAAUUCGUGGGGUCACGUGUUCAACAUCCCUCUUCCCUCCGAGGUGCUCAAUUUAGCCCGCAAGGAGAACGAUGACGUCACUGGGACUAGUGACAUUCGAGUGGAUAGCCAGGGUGCAGUCGUGUUCUAAACUACAUAAGAUGUGGUCACAUGAGUGUCCAAUGAACACCAAAUCAUUUGGGCAAAGAUCCUCAAAAACUUUACACGAAUAUAUUCCGACGUUUUUGUAGUUCUAUCCUAUUCAAUAGAAGGAUUCUCUCUGGUGUAUCUGAAUUUAGUAGCUUGUAGCGAAGGUUGGUUGUAAAUUUUGUAUAGGAAUUCUCUAGAAAUUUGACUUCAAUUCUCAAAAUCAAGCAUUUCAAUCAAUGUAAUAGCAGCUUCUUUGUGAAUCAGAAAGUUUCUGUGACUCGUCAAAUUGAGUUUUCUAACGGAGCUUUAACAUAAACGCAUGCCCAUAAUUUUUGAAAUGGUGGAUCUUGUUAACUAUCUCUCUGGCUGAAGUAUUUUGAAACUAAAGACUGAAAAUAUUCAUCCAAUUAGUGAUAUCCAUUCAAAAAUUAGCCAAGAAAAGAUUCAAAGUUUGACAGAGUUUGGAAAGUUUCUUCUUCUGAACAAUUUGAAUUCCAGUUUUUUUUAAAUUUACAGCACAGCAUACAAAGGUCAAAUC